UUUUUAGUAUCUUUUCUGAGCUUCAAGAGAGCGGUUGACGCGCUGCUCCUCAAAAUUUCGUUAAUUUGGAUUGACAGAUAAAGCGUAAAUAAAUUCGUUUUAUCGGUGUGAUUAUGAACAUUGUAUUAGUGAUGUGAUAUUUGGAGUGCUCGGAGUAGACUGUCGGAGUCGAGAUGUGGUCGGUGGUGCUUUGGACUAUUGUUUUGGGCCUGUCCCGCGGCGCGGAGGCGGGCGUGAUGGGUGACCAGUGCGACUGGAGUGGAAGUGGUCUCACCUCAACCACGGAGCGGGGAGUGACUCCAGUGUACCUCCGCUGCAGAGAAGGCAGCGUGUCGUGGGUGUACCCUCGCGGAGCCCUGCGGCUGCUGUUCAGGCCUUCGCUACCGGCCGGCGAGCGCGAGUUCAGGGUCUGCGUGCGAGUCAUCAGGCGGCCCGACCCGCCCGACUUGUUUCAUGCAGAGCGGCUGAAUGAUACAGGAGUCGCCGAGCGCUUCCCGGCGCGUUUGUUCGUGGAAGGCACGCACAAGUUGGUUCCCCUGUACGCGCCUGAUGAUGGCGAUCCUAAGGAGUUACGAUGCUUCCGCAGCAGAAAAGGCCGAGCUGCUUUGUACGUAGAGGCCGAACCAGAGGAAGGGACCAAGAGGCGAGAGGCUACCUUCAAGUACGAGGCCCGCCCGCUCGUGAGGAGGCACUACGACCCAGCCACGGCUGACUGCAGACCCUGCUCAGAAGCUGAAUUGGAGCUAGCUUUCUGCACUAGUGAUUUAGUGUCCCGAGGCGUGAUCGUGGGCAGCGAGCAGCGUGAAGACCUGGACACCACGCAGCUGACAGUUCGGCUGACCAAGCUGAUCCGGGCUACGGGGCGCGCGUCUGACGAACACAAGGACUCGGAUGACUUGGACGAUGACGGCGAAUACUUCAGGUACGAAGUAGACAACACUUUAGAGCGCAGCACGACGCGCAAGCGCACUAGACGGCGGGCGCGCGCGUUGCACGCGCACGUGCACGUGGGCGCAGCGUGCGGCGCGGCGGCCGGCGCCGGCGAGUUCCUGGUCAUGGCGCGGCGCCGUCUUGGCCGAUAUGCUCUUGUAUGCGCGCCGAGACUGCGCGAUUGGGAGGAGUUAGUGGCUCGGAGAACUGCUGAGGGAUCGUCGCAUUGCUUGCUGCAGCACUAGCGAGGUAUACAGCUGCUGAAAGGUCGGCUGAAUAUACUCGCAGUUUUGAAGAAGCAACACUUCAGCUGAAAAUUGGUUAGCAACUGUUUGAGUGGCAUUCAACGGACAUUGUGCGCGUUACGCCCAUCGAAAGUUCGGCAGGUGUGUUCUUAUAAACGCAUACGUGCAACUUUGGUGCCAGAUUCAGCCCAGGAAGAACAAGUACCGUAUGCGUAUAGCUUAAUGAACACUGUAUUGCUAAACAGCUGGGUCGUGGCUGGCUCGACGAAGUUACGCAAUAUUGUGGUAUCGCUCGUCAACAUAAGUUGCCGUUGCGUAUGCCAAGAGACGAUGUGAUGUUAAUAUAUUAUGUUUUAUAAUAGUCUAUAAUCCCGCUGAGAAAUCGGCUGCUGGUCCCAUGAGUGUUCUGUGAAGUCUCCCAUUAUUGGGUUAGAAAUACAACUGUAUAAGCUAAAGACAUUUGUACUAAAACGGUCGUUUGCAGGCAUUCGAUGUGUACCUUUAGAUAAUGCAUUAGCUGCAGUUUUCCUUCUCAGGUAGUUAGACGGCUGGACCGGUAUUUUAAUGUGAUUGAUCCAAGAUUGUAAAGAGAAUUCUUUAAAAUUCUUCGAAAUGAAUUCACAAAAAUCAAACAAGGUUGGAUAGCUGGCUGACUCCUUGUGAUAGUGUAUGUAUUUAAGAUUUAAGCCGAAAUGCUUCAUGAAAACAAUUAG